AUCCGAACACCUCAACCAUGCCACCUCAAACAAACAAUGCGCUUCUUUUUCCUCACCUUUAUUGUUGGGUUGAUAGCGCCUAUAUUGUCUGUCACAGCAAGGCAACCAAGAUGUAGCCCACCUGGAAAUAUUUGCGUAAAGGAUAGUGACUAUUGCGAGAGCACUGAUACUAGCGAGUGUUCCCGCAUUCAUGUUGGCACUGUUGUUGAUCGAGCAAUAUGUAGAACGCUGCUGAUUGAGAAAGGAAUAGAGGUGAUACUGGGUGAAAGGAGUACAUGUAUGAGGUAUCCGCGCACUGUUUGGUCUUGGUGUAAAUAUAACACCACGAGUCAGACUGGCCAGCAAUAAAUCAAAUGCGUGUUAGCUAAAAGAUGCGCAGUUUGAUUGAGUCAAAAGUUCAUUUUUUUCACCGCUUUUAUUCAUCCACUCGACAAGAUUGAAGACAUGCAGUUGCUCAUACUUUUUUCUGUGCGAGUCUCGUUUAACCAUCUAGUUGGAGCUCACAAGACAGUCAAGACCUGUGAUAUGAAUAAUCAACUUAUCCGGCUUCGAGCCGAUUUAGCCUGACUUUC